GCAGGACAGCUUCACAGACUAUCCUGACAGCGCUCUACGUGCAAACCUCAUUGGUAGCCAGGAUGGACUCACUGUGGAAGCCUGCAAGGGCAGGUGCCUGACUGACAAGACUUGCCUCACCUUUGAUUUCAAAGUCAGUGGAGGUCUGUGUCGGCUUCAUAAUGUCACAGCUCAUGACUCUCCCUCAAACUGGUCUCCUAAGACGAGCAAAGGCUGGACCCACUACCAGAAAUCCUGCAAGUCCACUUUUGCCUCAAACGACACCUGGUACAACUUAUUGUGUGACAGCAGAGUUGAUUGCCCUGACACAAACAGCGAUUGUUUGUCAGGACGAUGUUUAUGCCGUCCAGGCUUCAAGUUCAAUGAAGCCGAGAAGGAGUGUGUUGUUGCAAGCGAGCUGAAGAAAGUGGCACAACGCAAGCUGCACGACUGACGACGACUGCGAUGUGCACCACGCCGAGUGCUACAAACGUGUCUGUAGGUGUGAACCCGGGUAUUUCUACACCACACAGGACACGUGUACUAGCACUUGUAGACCAGACGACAUGCAGGACAGCUUCACAGACUAUCCUGACAGCGCUCUACGUGCAAACCUCAUUGGUAGCCCGGAUGGACUCACUGUGGAAGCCUGCAAGGACAGGUGCCAGACUGACAAGCGUUGCCUCACCUUUGACUUCAAAGCCAGUGGAGGUCUGUGUCGGCUUCAUAAUGUCACAGCUCAUGACUCUCCCUCAAACUGGUCUCCUAAGCGGAGCAAAGGCUGGACCCACUACCAGAGAUCCUGCAAGUCCACUUUUGCCUCACACCGUACAUGGCACAACUUAGUGUGUGACAGCAGGGUUGAUUGCCCUGACCCAUACAGCGAUUGUUUCAAAGGCAGAUGUGUAUGCCAUUUUGCCUUCAAUGAAGCACAGAAGAAGUGUGUUGUUGCAAGGUCUUGUCGAGACUGGCAGGAGAAAGGAGCAAAGAGUGGUGUCUACACCAUUCAGCUAAUAGGAGAAUUCUACAAGGGAGCUGUCACAGUGUGGUGUGACAUGGACACUGCGGGCGGCGGCUGGCUGGUCAUCCAGAGACGUCGUGACUUCACAGUUGACUUCAACCGGAGCAGGACAGAAUAUGACAACGGUUUUGGUGAUCUCUCUGGAGACUUCUGGCUGGGCCUGCGCGCGAUUCACGACCUGACACAGUAUGGAGGUCUUAGGAACUUGAGAGUGGAGCUGGUGGCUGAGUACGGGAGACGCUACUGGGCACAAUACACGGGUUUCAGGUUCUGCUGUGUGCCUUACUUCUCACUUCCUAACUUGGGCUACUCUGGUAACGCAGGAGAUGGAAUCAUUAAGUUUAGCGCCUUUUAUACCUAUGACUUCAACGAGGACGGCUGUGUGACAUCCACUAAGGGCCCCUGGUGGUACACGGAAGACUGUAGCAGCAAGGCUAACCUCAACAGCCCUGAUAGAAGGUUGAUGACUUGGGCUGACAUCGGCCGCGUGACGUUCUCGGAGAUGAAGAUAAAGUCAGACUAACACAGUUGUCUCCUGUACUCACUGCUUACACCGCCAGUCCACUGUUCACUGUUCACUACAGGUUCCAUGUGAGCUCAGUGUACAUUAAUCUUUCGCAAUAGUCUAGCAUCUGACUCUAGUGCAGACUACUUACUGUACUUUAAUGGUUUACUUUUGAGUAUAUUGCCUGGUGAUUAUAAUAUACACGUGUUGUAUUACUUCUUUCACAUUUGGGUUUGCUUGGAUAAACUAACUUGUUUACAAACGUAAAGUCUGUUUAAUUAAUUAAUUCAGCAUUUAAUUGUGCCUAGCUUGUAGUAAACGUGUCAUGAACUAUAUAUUAGCUAGACACCUGAUAGUUUAUAGUAAACGUGUCAUGAACUAUAUAUUAGCUAUACACCUGAUAGUUUAUAGUAAACGUGUCAUGAACUAUAUAUUAG